GACACCAAUUUUUGUUGAGCCAGAAUUUGUGGUUUUACGGAAAAUUUACGAGUGACAAAUGACACGCAUAAGCGUCUGCUUUAAAAAGAUUUGCCCUUUCGCCCCUUUCUUCGCUUACUUCGCCACUAAUUUUCUGGCUAAAUUUAACCCCUGAAAGUAAGUUAAUCAAGUGGUGAGUAAAACAAAAAAAAUAACAAAAAAACGAAAAAAGAAAAGAAAACAAUGAAUAAAAAAAGAAGAUGGAGAAGAAAACGCAUUCGUCUUAUAUAUUCAUACAUUCUUUGUUCUUACGUUACCUUUCUUCUUUGCUCUGCUUGCCAACUAGUCCAAUCGACCCUCCAUGACUGAUUUCCCGCACCUUGUGGGAAACCUUUAGAAUUAAACAUUAAAUUUGAAGAGCCUCAGUGAUUCAACAAUAUAACUUUACAUGACGUGUCAACCUGUUUGUUAUGUUACCACUGACAUAAGUUCAAAGAUGCAAAAUGGCGGUCGUUGGCAGCCUUGCGAAGGUAAGAAAACCAUUGCUAUUAGCUUUUCGUUUCAUCAGAAGCUAUCAUGACUCCAAACGUAGGCUGCUGCAACAUAAUUCUACUCUCCUCUCAAGGCAAUCUCGAUGCGCAUGUCUUUUUAUAAGGAGACUUAUCUGGUCUUCUCGACAAGACGAUUUGACAAGAGCUCUUUCGGAUGCUGAGAAAAUUGUUGGCUAUCCGAAGUGGUUCCAGAAUUUGCGACAUCUGUUGAGUGAUGAAAUCUCCAACAUCGCCAUGUACAUGAAAGGGUUCGCUAUGAGCAAGCAUCCCAUGUUGCGAACAGCUCGAGGCUUCUUAUCAGACGACAAAGAUACUGUGCAGACUCGUGGACUGUUGGUGCUCCUCGUGUCCAAAGCCUCUCGGCCAUGCUCACAAAGUGAUUGGAGCACGGAUCAGGAAUUAGUAGCUGAUAUCCAUUCAAGCCAGAGACAGCUUGCUGAUAUAACAGAGACUAUACACACAGGUAGCGGUGACCCAAUGACAAGUGCCUUGGCCCCUGUGUUGAGUGAACUGAGUUUGAGAACAAGCUAGGGUAUAACCACGUGUUGU